CCAAUUCAGCUCCCCGUGACUGCCCAAGCUUCCCGAUCAACUGGCCAGUCUGCAUCUACACAACCGCCCUCGGCGCACAGAUGUGAGAAAUGGCGGCCCCAUCCCUGUCGCUGAGUUGGCACGGCAGACAGGAGGGGUAAUCAAUCCUAUACCUACGUCAAUAAAACCAACACCCACGGUAUAUACGCUAUAGCAAACAACAACCCAUUGCCAAUCCAACGAUUACUACACAUCAUGUCGACGACUGUGACAACCACCACCACCCUCAUCGGAGCUACUCCCCGCGUCCUCUCCGUCUCCAAAUCCACCACCCACUCGCCAUCCAAAACCCCCGUCCCCUCCAUCACCCUCCUCGCCAAUCUCGGCGUCUCAGGUGACUGCCACGCCGGCCCAACCGUCCAACACAGCGUUCAGCAACAGAACAACCCCACCAGCACCAACCUCCGUCAAGUCCACCUCGUGCCGGUGGAAACCCUCCGCGAAGUGUCCCGCAAGAUUGGCCCGGGAGCAACCCUCGCCGCCGGACAAAUCGGGGAGAAUGUCACCACCGAAGGGAUUGAGUUGGCGGGGUUGUCCCGCGGGACGGAAUUACAUUUUGAGGACGGAGCGGUGAUUGAGUUGACGGGGGUGAGAGAGCCGGGACCGGGAUUGGAUCGGGUGCGAGUAGGGCUGAGGGAGGAAUUCGUGGGCGUUGGUCGACGGUGGGCGGGGGUGAUGGGGGUGGUCAAGCGGGGGGGCGAGGUAAGGCCGGGGAUGGGCAUUACGCUGGUGAAACCGGGUCGAGUGGAAGCGUUGCCGGUGGUAUAA